CCCACGUUUUCAAGUGUGACCGUUUCUAUUAAACGGGUGGAAAAAAUACUAGAAAAAAGAUAGCAGUCGUUAAACAGCACUCAUACAAUAAACAGGAACUCACAAUAAUUCGUUCUAGGCUUUGAAGCAAAAGAAGAGAAAAACAGAACAGAGAAGAUAACUGAUCGGAAAUGGCAUACUAUCAGCAACAGCCUUUUUACAACCCCAAAAUCCCUUUUACUGGGUCUAUCCAAGGAGGCUUGCAGGACGGCAAAAGUAUUAUUAUCAGUGGACGGGUUUUACCAGGGGCGAACAGGUUCCACGUGAAUUUCAAGUGUGGUUCAGACAUUGCCCUACACUUUAACCCACGUUACGACAAUUGGACUGGAUACAUAGUGACCAACACCAACCAGAACUCUCGAUGGGGCACAGAGGAACGCAUAUGCAAGCCACUCUUCCCCAUUGGUCACCAGUUCACCCUGCAUUUCCUCGUCAGCCAGGACUCAUACAAGAUAAGUGUAAACGGUAACCACAUAAUGGAAUACAGGCAUCGUAUCCCAUUCAGCAACGUAGACGCUAUUGCAGUGGAUGGGAUGGUGGAGAUUAAUUCCAUUGCUUUCCAGAACCCUGCGCCAAGUUUCCCCCAGCCAGGGUUUCCUGGUGCUGUGCCUGCCUAUUUAGGAUUCCAGCCCCAAUAUGCUAUUCCUUCAGGAUGUGCUGCACCACCUUCAUUUCCUGCUCAGCCUAGCUAUAGUGUGCCAUACAAAAGUAUCAUCAGUGGUGGAUUACUGCCUGGCAAAAACAUUUACAUCCAAGGAGUGGUUAUGCCUAAUGCCCACAGAUUCUCAUUUAACCUACGCCACAGAAGUGGAAUUGCAUUCCACUACAACCCCCGUUUCGAUGAGAACUUGGUAGUGCGCAACACACUGGCGAUAGACAAGUGGGGAUCAGAAGAGCGCUCUGGAGGAAUGCCAUUCCACAAGGGACAACCCUUCCAGGUGGUUAUCUCCUGCGGCCCGCACCAGUACAGCGUAUUUGUCAACGGCAUGCAAGUGCACACAUACAACCACCGUUUCACCAAGCUGCAUGAGACUGACAUUCUGGAGAUUUCUGGUGACCUGAGCUUGACCUUUGUACAGGCUUGAUUUUUUUUUUUUUUUUUUUUUGUAUUUUGUAUUUUGACUGAGUACUUUCUUUACAACCUAUACCAGGUCAGUGUUUGUUACUUUUUAUUGCUAAAUUAGCCAGUUGGUUCAUCUUUACUGUGAUCUGGUGUACAACAAAAGGAAAACAAAUUCAGGCCAGUGUGAAUGCUGGUUUCUUGAUUCUUUUUUAAAAAUAUAAAUAUAAUCUUCCUCAUAAUUCAAUUCAAUAAUUCAAAUGUAUUUUGUAUUUUGAUGACCUCCUACCACAUUUUAGAACGACAACUUUAUUAAGUAUAGUAUUAUAAUUACAGUUUUGGUAUAACGAUUUUAUAGCAUUUUGUAAUUCUGUUUUUUUUUUAAAUAUUUUAUAAUCUCGUUAAAUACGUUCAUUUAGACCUUACCGUUACCAGUACAACAGCGCCAUCUAGUGUUCACCAUAACUGUGCUAGUCCUGCUGUUUUUCCUUCUCUUGCCUUAAGAUGGGGGUAAAUGUCUGUUCACAAAGGCAGUAUUGGAAUUAUUCUAUAAUACUUAUUUAGUCUAUGCAUGGUAAAAUAUAACUACAUUUGUAAUACAGUUAAUGAAUUUUUUAAUUAUAUAUUGUCUGCUUCCAAGUAUGCUCCUUGAACCAAUAAAAAUAAUCAAAUUUCAAA